GCGGUUACGAGUGCCAAUCGCUGCAUAAAUGUCCCCGAAACUGGUUGCAUUUCUUCGUGGCCUUUCGUUGAACCGAAAUGGUGGCAUCGGUCUGUAAUUCUGCUUUUCAUCUACUUCUGUGCUAAAUCUAUCAACAAUGCCAUGAUCUGCAAAUGAUAAGAGUAAAAGUGCAUUGAAGACGAUCCAGUUUGCCCUCUCACUUCUUAGAACAAAGUUUACGAAUUCGUCUUUCCAUGUGUCUACAGCAUAAUAGUCUAGUAGAACAAGUAGAAUUCUAGUAUCAAUCCUUGACACAACAAUAUCAAAGUUCACCACUGGAUUCGACAAGUCCACUACGAACUGUUUGUGAUAUUGCUCAAUGUCCCCUUCUUUCAGAAAUCCGUCAAGUUGCUCUCGCAGGUACUGUUCAUGACAUUCCCCGAGCGACAAUAUCUUCUCUGUCUUAUUGUAUAUAUCGUUGUGCGUUAACAGCAUGUCGAGAGUUUGAGACCUCUGUCUCAGUGUUUCGAUGCUGAAAACUUUCACCUUCAUCUUCUGGAAUUUAUAAGCUGUAUGAUAGUUUGUAAGCGUGUUGACAGUAUGAUUGCAUUCGACAGAAUGAAGCUCGAUGGUCUAUUUCCCUGGUACUGUACCGAAAAAAAUAACUUUUUCAAUCAAUCUGCUUUCUGAUUGGUUAAUACAAAGUAGGCGUGGUUUAAAUGCCACAUUCUGAUUGGUUAAAACAAUUUUUGCUAGAGAUAGUGUGCGCGGAUGGUUUUAACUCUCAUUCUGUAUCAGAAAGAUGAACAGAGCAGCCGCAAAUUUACUUAGCUCAUUCAUGACGAAGAGCCGUCAACAAGCAAUGGAAACAUUUGUUGUAUACAAACGAAGAGGCCUUAUUAGAAGAGCUCAGAACUUGAUCGAAAACAUCGAUAACGUCGUUACUUGCAUCAACUUGGAUCGCGGACGAGAUCCUUCCUUGUUCAAGAGUAGCAUGUCGGCGCUAUCCAAACUGAACUUGUGGGAAAACGAGAUCAGAGAGGCAACGAAUGACAAAGAUAUGCCGGACAUCAUAUCGGCUGCGAGGUUUCUCUUGGAGAACCAAGGCUUGCUGAUGGAUGAAAUUGACAACAGUGACAGAGUAAAGAGACAGUUGCUUCCGACAGAUAUCGCGAUAGAUAGUGAUGAAGAAGAAGAAGAAGAUGAUGAUGAUCUACCAGAUAUAUUUGGUCCGACUUUAAUGAGAGCACCUACGUGUACUUUGAAGUCAAAAAGUCCCGUAAAAGGCAUCAAAGGACUGCAUAAGCUGAAACCGUACUCAAGGCCUACAUCAACUGUUACAAGUGCAAGCAGCACAAGCAGUACAUUGUCAGAAACGGUUUGGGAAAAGAGGGAAAAUGAGAUGCUGGUGGCUCAUCAGAGAGAACUGUCUAAAGCUAAGCAAGAGGCAAGGGACGAACUGUUAUUAUGCAUUAUAUGUCUGUCAGCCGAGAAAGAUCACACACUAGUGCCUUGCGGACACACCUUUUGCAAAGACUGUUCACGUAAGAGUAAAGCUAACGGAAAGUGCUUCUUUUGCAUGGCCAAAGUAAAUUCGUGUGUGAAAAUGAGGUUAACGGACUAA